CAUUUUUCAUAAUAAUGAACUGGCAGCAGCCAGCGUCAUCUCACAAGACCCUCGGGUGCCGUGAAUGUCAAUCAAGCAAGCUACGGAAUUUGCCGCCAAUGUUUUUCUUGUAAAGUGUAUGGAAGCUGGAUGAAUUAGAUGCCAAAAACCAACCACUUUCAUGUGGUAUUGUGCAAAAAGGACAACUUUUUUUCUCCUCCAUUUGAAAAUGUGGGCGUUAUCAUCAUUACUGUCUGAUUCCAAUCAAUGCAAGUCAUCAGAAUCAGGUAAUACACCAACUUAUAUUCUUGUCUUCGUGAAAGAAAGACAUCUAUAUGUGUUACACAUGCUUGUAUUAUCGUUAAACACAUUUAACUUGUUUACAAAAAUGUCUCUUUCAUAAAUAGAUAAAUAUAAAUGAUAUAUAUAAAUGAGGUAGAUCCCCUCGAGUUGGUCAAUUGAAAAGUAGCUCGCCUGCAGAAAAAGUGUGGGCACCCCUGCUGUAGAUGAUGCUACAUAUGUGGAAAAAAAACACAUGUUAGUGCACCAGUCGAGGAAAAUGAUCAAACUACAUAAAUAACAAACUUUAUGAUAUUAUUUUUUUAUCCUAAUAGAUUGAAAAUGAACAACAAUGAGUUGACUGAUGAACAUUAACGACAAAUAAAGAUAAAAUACUAUUAACCACAACAUGUAAGUGUAAAAAAAAAACUUUAUGAUUCCUACAAUUUCAGAAUGUGAAUUUUUUAUUUUCAAACAAAGAAAACAAUCUGAAGUUGUCUUUAUUUUUAAGUUAUCGUGCCGUGAUUUGACCAAUCCGGCCUUUUGGGAGUAGACUUUUCUAAGGGGAAAUCCACUAUAGAUGUUCCACUGCAAUAAAUACACAUUCAUGGAGCUGCGGACACAUAUCUGACUUAAAACCAUAAAGGGCACUUUAUUAUAUGUGUCGAGCAUGACUAAUUAUGAUAUGCACACUGUGAUUUUUUUCAAAUAUAUAUAUAAAUCAAAUGUCAUAUUUUUGAACACAUUUUUCAGUAUGAUUAAAUGUCCAAAUAUGAAUAAAUGCUUUUAAAAAAAAAAGAAAAAAGCUUUGUCUUGCCUGGCUGACCUCAGGACCGAGAGAGAGAGAGAUGGAGAGAGAGAGGGAAGGAAGGAGGGGGUCAACCAGCCGGCUCUUAUUGACAGAUGAGAACAUUUCUUGACAGCAGCCGAGUGAUUGCAGCGGGCGGAUUACCAAUUUGCUGACUUGUCGGGAGAAAAGCGUUGCCAUGGAAACUAUUUCUCUCUUCCUCUCCUCGCUGCUGGUGUGUGUGGCUGCUGUAGCAGACGUGGAUGUUGAGGAGGAAAAAGAAAAAGAGGAAAACCCCUUUGUCUACGACUAUGAGAGCCUGAGGAUUUGUGGACUGGCGCUCGCUGUGGUGCUCUUCGCCCUCGGGAUCCUGCUCAUCCUCAGUAGACGAUGCCGCUGCAGUAUCAAGCAGAAGCCCAGGGCCCCCGGAGAUGAGGAGACCCAGGAAGAAAACCUUAUCGUCUCAAAGGCUGCGGCAGCUGCCAAAGAGACUCCAGCGGAAAACUGAAGACAGCUCCUCCAUUAUCAGCUCCAACUGCCUUCUGAGAGGAUGACGUGCAUCACCUGCGUCGAUGAUAUUAUGUUCUAGGGUAACGAUACGGCGAGGUAUGACCACGUUAUGAUACAAAAAUGUACAUAAAUCACGCGCCUUUUAGCCCAGUCGUGCUUCGUUGUGACGUAGCGGUCCUCAGUGCUCUUGUCUCUACUCGUGCCUUCAUGUAGACGUCCUUCACUUUUACCGUACCGUACUGUACCGUGUCUCAGCUGUUAUGUAACGAUGACACCUUCCACGCCAUUUGAAGGUAAAACAGGUGUCCGUGUGGUGUGGUGCUGCUGUUUGUUUUGUACUGCUUCGACACUUUAGGAACGUCUCCACUUUUUAAUAAGGGUACCCUAUAUCCGGGAUGUCCAAAGUGCGGCCCGCGGGGAAUUUUUUAACGGCACAUUCUAAAAAUACGAUUAAAAAAAUACAAAACAUAAAGAAUGGUAUAAAAGAGCAAACAGGUGUAAUUUAAAGGCCUACUGAAAUGAGAUGUUCUUAUUUAAACGGGGAUAGCAGGUCCAUUCUAUGUGUCAUACUUGAUCAUAUUUUUGCUGAAAGGAUUUAGUAGAGAACAUCGACGAUAAAGAUCGCAACUUUUGGUCGCUAAUAAAAAAAAGCCUUGCCUGUACCGGAAGUAGCAGGCGAUCUGCGCGUGACGUCACCGGUUGUAGGGCUCCUCACAUCCUCACUUUGUUUACAAUCAUGGCCACCAGCAGCUAGAGCGAUUCGGACCGAGAAAGCGAGGAUUUCCCCAUUAAUUUGAGCGAGGUUGAAAGAUACGUGGAUGAGGAUAGUGAGAGUGAAGUACUAGAAAAGACAAAAAAAAAAAAAAAGGCGAAGGCAGUGAGAGCGAUUCAGAUGUUAUUAGACACAUUUACUAGGAUAAUUUUGGAAAAUCCCUUAUCUGCUUAUUGUGUUACUAGUAUUUUAGUGCAAUUAUAUGGUACCUGAAAGCGACAAUUUCCCCAUUAAUUUGAGCAAGGAUGAAAGAGUCGUGGAUAAGGAAAGUUAGAGUGAAGCACAAAAAAAAAGAAAAA